CUCGCCUUCCCGGAGAGAGGCCGGGAAGGGGAGAGAGAGAGAGUCCCCCGUGCGGGGAGCGGAGGUGACGGGACUCUCGCGCGCCGCGCCCGCUCUGGUGGUCUCCGCCGGCUCGGCGCCCGGCGACGCCGCGUGUUGAGGUGGGGGGGUUUUGAGGAGGAGGAGGUGUUGGUUUCGGAGAGAGCGCGCGCGCGGUUGCCGCCGCCGCCGUUGGUGGCUGCUUCAUGGAGUGUUUCCUGCUCAGCCUGAACCCCUUCCGUUUCAAGCCGAUUUGGCCGGCGAGGACCGCGCCCAAAUCCCCCUGAGCACCUAGGGUUCCUCCUCCUGCCCGGGGAUUGCGAGAAAUCCCCGGCGGCCCUUCCCCGCCCCCCUUCGUUUUCUCGGUUAAUCUCGCGUGUCCCGUGAAAUUCUCGUCUUCUCGUUUCUGGGAGGGAGGGAGAGGGGCGCCCGGCUCUCCCCCCGGUUCGCCGAGAGCCCUGAAGGCGUCGUCUUCUCCGGGAGAACCUGACAUGAGCUUGCCGCAGGAGUCCCCUUGUUUUGUUUAGUGCUUUAUUUUUUUUCCUCAUCUGGCCGGGCAUCCUUCCUGGUGGCGCUGCAAGGAUGGCGAAGGAGGAGGACGGCCCGGAGUUCGUGAGGUGGAGGGAGGAUUUUGUGUCGCAGGAGAGGGGCAGCCGCGUCGUGCAUUACUACCUCGAGGACGCUGCGGGGGUGUCGCACCUCGCCGUCGUCGGCACGGAGCGGAGCCUGCGCCACAUGCUCUACGUCGUCUCGGAGGAUUUCCGUGAGGCGAAGGGAUGUGGCGGUGUUGAUGGCGGGUCAGGGGUGUUUGCGCGCAAGUGGCGGUCACGCCGCGAGGUGGUGGAUUGGCUUACCUCCUUCCUUCCGGCGAAGUCCCUCGCCCCAAAACUUCCAAAAUUCGGACCACAUAUGGGUAAUGACAUUGGAUUGGAUGGAUACAGUGAAUCUGAUAGCUUUAUGUGUCACAAUCUGGGGAAAGCCUGUAGCUCAGACAUUAUGUGGUCUGGUUCGUCCUGGACUUGUGGCAAGCAGCUUUACCACUAUAAAGCUUUUUGCCGUAAUGGCACCACAAUAUCUACCCAUUCUUUUGUGCUUGUCAUGUCUGAGGAGGAAAGUCGCUAUCUUGCAUACUUGGAAGAUAUGUAUGAAGACAAGAAGGGGCAGAAGAAGGUUAAAGUACGAUGGUUUCAUCAAAACCAGGAAUUUGCUUGUGCUAUACCUCCUCCCCCUCCUCAUCCUUGCGAAGUUUUCAUCACUCCUUAUUCUCAAGUAAUCAGUGUGGAGUGUGUCGAUGAUAUUGCAACUGUGUUAACUCCUGAGCAUUAUGAAAAAUGUUCCAAUACAUUGCCAAAUUCUUCUAUGGUGGGAAUCCGAUUCUGCUUUCGGCAAUACAGUAAAAAUAAGUUUAAACGUUUUGACCUGAGAUCAUUGCGUGGAUAUUUUAGUCAAGCUGUUGUUUUGUCCUUAAAAAUUCCUCCUGAACAAGAAAAGGAUGAUGGCUCUGAUAUCAUAAAGACAGUCGAGAAUUGGACACCUGGGAAGACAAAGUUUCCAAAGCAGUUUGAGAGGCUUUAUUCAAAAUGUUUGGGUACUAAAAUCUGCCGAGGCCCACAAGAGGACUCCAUAGCAUCUUAUCAGAAACCAAUUAGUAAGCAAUCUCCUGGAAGACAUCCCUCAGUCAAGUUCAUAGGGCCCCAGAAUCAGUAUAUGUCAACCUACAAUGUUGGUGACAGAAUAGAGGUCUUGUCUCAGGACAGUGGGAUUGUAGGCUGCUGGUUCAGGUGUACAAUUCUCAAGUCAUGCACUAAUCAUAACAAAUUGAAAGUUCAGUAUGAUGAUCUACAGAAUGCUGAUGAUAGUGGGAGAUUGGAGGAGUGGGUACCUGCAUCAACAUUUGCUCGUCCUGAUAAACUGGGAUUGAGAUGCCCAGAUCGACUCAGAGUUAGGCCACGCCCUCAACAAAAUAGUUUGGUUGACGGCAUUAAUCUUUUACCUGGAACUGCUGUUGAUGUAUGGCAGUUUAGUGGCUGGUGGGAAGGAGUUCUAGUCAGUGCAGACAACAUUUCAGCUGAUAGUGUACAAGUAUAUUUUCCAGGUGAGAACUUUUUUAGUGUAUGCCAACUAAAGAAUUUAAGAAUCUCGAAAGAUUGGGUCAAGAACCACUGGGUAGAUAUUGAAAUGAAGCCAGAUGUGUUGUCGAAAAUACCUUCAGUUGGUGUUCAAACAAGACAACCUGAUAAUUUGACGUCUGUUGGGAGGCCAGACUCCGGAAGUACUGCAAUGUCUGGUCAAGAGCUUGCAGCUGUACAAACAAACUCCAGUGAAGAUAAACAAACAGGAGCUGAUCAGCCAUCAGAAGUUAGUUUGACCGAUAUGGCCUCUGCUUUUGCAGAGGAUGAGAAACAAACAGUUCUAGGAAAGCGACCUAGAGAUGAUGCUGAACACGAUUGCAAUGGGGAAGUAGGCGUAGAUGUUGGCAAAUUGUGAAGUUUGGGAAGCUCAACCUCAUUAGACGUAUGUAUAUAGCUAUAGAUAUGGUAAUUGAACCCCAAUGGAGGGGGUUUUUACUAGGUUGCUGAUAUCAGUGAGCAUCAACAUCUCUUUUCAUACACGUGCCUUUCCUUGUAUGUUUUCUUGUUUUGCUCCUAGCUUCCCAGUUUCUGUUACCAGAUACAGACACUGCAAAUUAAAUAUUACCCUUACCAGUCAUAUUGUAUAGCAGUCUGAUGGAUCAUUUCUUCUC